AUGCCACAGCCAGUGCGUCAUCCUCAGAAAUGUACUAAUCCGAUCAUCUGGUUCAUGGCCAUAAUUUGCGCGAUACUAGCGGUAGCAGUAAUCAUAGCCGGUAUUGUGGUUUUCGUCGGUUAUCUUGUCAUAAGGCCUAAGGAGCCUCAAAUAAGAGUAGCGAGUGCACAACUCGACACCCUAUAUUUUGAUCAAACAAGUUCGUUGACAGUUCAAGUUUCAGUUGUGAUCAAGGCAGAGAAUGACAAUGCCAAGGUUCAUUCUAGUUUCCAAGACAUGAGUUUACUGCUAAGCUUUUUAGGGUUGAAAAUGGCCUAUUUGGUUGCUGAACCUUUUGAUGUAAAGGCGAAUAGUUCGGUACAGUUCAACUAUGUACCUCAGUCGAGUCCUAUUCCAUUGAAUCCCGAUGAUGCCGAAGGAGUUAGCAGGUCUUUGAGGCAGGGAAUAAUCACUUUUGAUCUUAAAGGGAAGGCCAAAACUCGACGGAGGGUAGGUCCAAUAGGUUCAGUUAAGAAUUGGUUGCAUUUGGAAUGCCAACUCCAUUUGCCAACUAAUGGAACGAGGAUAUUCCCGAGAUGCAGUUCGAGGUCGAAAUAA